AUGAGUUCAUCAAAGCUCCAACUCUCACUUCUAAUUCUUCAGGUUAUCUUCAUCACUUCUUCAGUAAUACAGGCAGCCUCUGCAAACACAAAGCUCUUUAGGGAAUACAUCGGUGCUGAAGGCAAUAAUGUUAGCUUUUCAGAUGUACCCAUUUAUCCCCAAGUUCAUUUUCACUUCAUUCUCUCCUUUGCCAUUGACUACACCAAUUCGUCUACUCCUAAAUCCACCAAUGGUAACUUCAACGUGUUUUGGGACACGGUAAACCUCAAUCCUUCUCAUGUUUCUUCCAUCCAAGCCCAAAAUCCGCAUGUGAAGAUUGCUAUGAGUCUUGGAGGUGAUACUGUUAACGGUAAUCACUUCGUCUUCUUCAACCCUACAUCAAUUAAUUCAUGGGUUAGAAAUGCUAUUGAUUCAAUUACCCAGAUAGUAAGGGAGUAUAAUUUGGAUGGAAUAGAUAUCGACUAUGAACAUUUCAAAGCAGAUCCGGAUACAUUUGCAGAGUGCAUUGGAAGGCUUUUAUACUACCUUAUACAAAACAAGAUUGUGUCAUUUACAUCAAUAGCACCCUAUGAAGAUGAUUCUGUCCAGCCACAUUACUUGGCUCUCUGGAGGAAGUAUGGACACCUUAUAGAUUAUGUAAACUUCCAAUUUUAUGCCUACAAGAAGGGAACAACUAUUUCUCAGUUUAUGGGGUAUUUUGAAACUCAAAGUUCCAAUUAUAAAGGAGGUAAAAUAUUGGUGAGCUUUGGCACGGAUGGAAGCGGUGGCUUAUCUCCUAAAAAUGGGUUUUUAAAGGCCUGCAGUAUGCUUAAAGAUCAGGGUAAACUUCAUGGUAUCUUUAUUUGGUCUGCAGAUGAUUCCAAGGAGGCCAACUUUCGUUAUGAGAAGCAAUCCCAAGCCCUUUUGGCCAGCAUAGACUGA